CUACAGGGUGACGUCAGCGCAGGGGGGUGGGCGCGAGGGGUCAGCGGAAACAGGUUUCAAACUUAGUGAAAGUGACUGAUGCUGACAUGGCGGCCAUGGUCAGCAGGCGAUUUUUGUUGACUUCUUCCCAAAAUGCGGUGUUCAAGCGGCUGCAACAUCAUGACUGUUCUACGUACUGGGGCCCGAGGUGUUCCCGGAGCGGAAGCCGAGGAGCGAACGGGGUGUUUUUAUGCGGCAGAGUGGGUUCAAGCAGCAGCGAGGUGUGGGGCCGACAUUUACUGAGCACGGCCGCCCGAUUACAGAGUUCAACAGAUAAAGUAACAGUCGAUUUUAUUAAUCGUGAUGGAGAGAAACUUAGAGCAUUGGGAAAUUUAGGCGAUUCUCUUUUAGAUGUUGUCAUUGAUAAUAACUUGGAUAUCGAUGGCUUUGGUGCAUGUGAAGGAACCUUGGCAUGUUCCACAUGUCAUCUAAUCUUUGAAGAAUCCAUUUUCAAGAAAUUGGAUUCCAUCACUGAUGAAGAAAUGGAUAUGUUGGACCUGGCCUAUGGUCUCACUGAGAGGUCUCGUUUGGGCUGCCAGAUCUGCCUUAAGAAGUGGAUGGAUGGGAUGACUGUGGAAGUACCGAAUGAUGUUGCUGAUGUUAGACAAACCAAGGACUUUGGCUCAGGUUCUUGAAGGAAUUAAUCUAAAUUACAAAAUCCACAUGGCUAAAGAAAACAGUUCAGUUCUCUUUAAUAAAUAAAGUAUGAUUUAUGUUUUACAGAAUUGUUUAACACAACAUUUUCAGUAUAACUGAAUUACUUAAUAAUGAAUGUAUCAAAAGUUUCUCAUUAUUUUAAUUUCUUAGUGGAGAAAAGCCACCAACAUCACUAACUCAGAGGAGUACAUUGAUAACCUGCUUAACAGCAACUAUUGUAUACAAGAUGUAUAAUCUAAAAGAAAAUAAAUUAAAUGUUUGAAUAAAA